UUAUAUAUAUAAAGCUGUUCAUAUACAAGACCUGUUUAAAAGGACUUAUUCAACUGCAUUUCGCAAGAUUUCUCUAGAAUCAACAAGUAUUCUAGUAAAAUUUUGAACUUUAUACCCAUCCAACACCCCCUUAGAGAACCCGCCCUCAGUCCCCCCCUCUCUAUGAUCUCAAAUUGAUCUCAGAUCAUAAAAAUAGAACACAUACCUUAAAACACAAAAAAAUUAAAAUUGGAAAGGAGAGGCCCACCCAUUGGGAUUAUAGACUGAAAGGAAGCAGCAUACUAGAGACACGCAUAUGAUCCAUGGAUCAGGAUCACUUUAGCCCCAAGAAAAAGGUUCCACAGUCCGAGGAGGAUCAGCCUCAGCAGCCUCAAUACGAAUUUCAGUAUGGGUAUGAGUAUGGCCAAGGACAGCAAGUCCCUCAAGGGUCCCCUCUGGGUGAUGUGGAGCUGCCCCAACAACAACAGCGUCCCGGGCAACUUUCCAACUACCAAACUGUACACCGUGGCAAUUUGGUGCAACAAACUCAACCAAUAGCCCCACAACACCAACCGUUACUCCUGCUGUUCCCCCUUGUUGAGUUGGGACAAACUAGUCCUCAAGAAGGUACGUCAGCAUCAUACAACCAAACAAGACACAUCCAGAACUAUAACCAACAAGUUCAAUUGAAAUUUGAAAUGCAACGCCAAUACCAACAGCAGCAGCAGCAACAACAACAACAGCAGAUGCUGCAACUUCAUUUGAUACCCGCAGAAACUGCACCUCCUUACUUUAUACCCCAAAAAUCUCCGAUCAAGAAGAAUUCAAAUGCUUCUUCACCUCAGGAAAUUCCUUCCCGUGUACACACACCGGAAAAUAGCAUAUACCCCGAUCAUACUCCAGUCACAAGUGCCCGGAAGCGUGCCAGAACAGAGACUGGUCCAUUAGAACUGAUUCCUACCCAAUUGGGAAACGCACAACAAGCGUAUCAGUUCCACCAUCAGCAGCUCUCCCAGUUGCAACAAGGAGGUCAAUUUUAUCAGGGCACCACCAUUGCCACGGGUACAGAAAUGCCACCCAUUGGACCAGAGCUCCCUGAUAUUGAACUCAAACAAUUAGCAUUCAAAGCGUCACAGAAGCCUUUAACGGACCUUGCACUCAAAAUUAAGGCAAUGGAAAAUGAAGACAUUCAAGUGGAUACCAAGGCCCUUGCAGGAGUUCAUUCUUCAAAUAAGGAGCGUGAACGGCAAAUUUUUGCCAUGGUUUGGCUUUUAGGUGCAUGUGACGCUUCCCCCACUGCAGUGGUCCCCAGAACUAGAAUAUACGCUCGUUACGUACAAAUUUGUGCCGAUUAUUCUCUCAAACCUUUGUCUUCAGCUAGCAUUGGGAAAUUUGUUCGUAUUUUAUUUCCUAACCUCACCACCAGAAGGUUGGGAAUGAGAGGACAAUCCAAAUAUCAUUAUUGUGGCAUAAAAUUGGUUGGCGAAACUGGUAGUGGAAGUUCCGGCAGAGGUGGCACUAGAUCUGGAGGUGGUGCUGGAAGCGCAUCAGGGGCCCCUGGAGGCGGUCAUUCUACUAAUAACUCUGGAUAUUCAUCCGCAGCAUCACCAUCCCCAGCAUCGUCAUAUGGGGCCGAUUCUCCUUCUGUUCAACAACCGAAUACUCCAUUAGGAGGCCGCAGUCCUGGAAUUUCUCGACCAUCAACUCCGGGACCUGGUCCACUUGUUAGUCUUACUGGUGCUGUUGGACACAUUUCUGGAGUUGGCACUGGAGUUGGAAUUGAGGGUACUUUUGGAGGUUACCUCUCUUCAUCCUCAUCAACAACUGGAAAUAACCCUUUGAUUAUUCCCCUUGCAUACACCCCAAAUCUUUUACCAUAUAUAAACUCUUCGCUCUCCACGCAGCUUAAUCUUCCUCCAAUUUAUCCAUAUCUUCCUCCAAAUUCGGACUAUGAUAUUGCAGACACACUUUAUUCACUCUAUCGAGUUCAUUGUACAACCAUCUUUGAUUCACUUAGGUUCAUGCAAACCAAGAAACUUUUCAGUGCAUUUUCAAACUUUACUGCCAUUUUGACUGCACCCAUCUUGAAACUUUAUGUGAGUGCAUUUGUAUUGGAAUGGAUCCAAAAAUGUGAUUCUGUCAUGUAUCGAGGCAUGACGAAAAUGUUAACUAAGUUACAUCUCCAAAGCGUACCCGAGGAUGUCUUACAAAGACUCAAGGAAAUUGCAGCGCAAUAUGUGGAGAACCUUUCUCAAUCACUCCAAAAAGUUCCAAAACAUUUCUUGGCCAUGAAAUUACAAGGUGCUCAACAAUUUGUAAAGGUUCUCAAUCGUCUCAUUCGUGUAGUAGAAACUGGACAAUUUGCCGCCAGAAUACUCAAUAAUUCUGUUGAAAAGCAAGCCAUGUUGAAUGAUUGGAUGAAGUUAGACAUUCGUCAAAUUGUACUCCGAGAAGUCUCAUGUUCUCUUGAGAAUAUCGACAUACUUCUUGAUAUUCUUACAGGUGACUUUCUUAGAUUAUUUGAUCUGUCUGAAGGUAUGAUCCACGCCAAUGCAGCCGCAUUUUUGGCUGACCUUCCUGGAAGAUUUUCACGCAUCAACUCUCGAAUGUUUAUUCUUGUGACCAGUAAUUUCCUUACUACUUGUCUUCGUGAAAUCAGUUUGUCUGGAGGUCAAGGAUUUGGUGCAUGGUGGAUUGUACGCUGUUGGGUGGAUGAAUACCUUAAGUGGUAUUUUGAACUCGGAGGUAUGCUUCAAGAAGAAUUCACCAGAGAUGGGAAAGAUUCAGAAAGAGAAACUGCCAAAACCGAACCAACAGAAGAUGAAAUCCUGAAAUCAAACAUGGUAGAUCUUUUAGAUGGAUUUGAGACGAAGGUUGACUUUGAACAUGGAAACAGUGGUGACCAACUCUUGGAAUUUGACCAUGUGGAGAACAUUCUUGGAAGAAGUGGAAACAUUUUGGGGCUCCAACAAUAA